UGAGUGUUCCUGGCAACUCCCUUUGAUGUCCUUUGCUUCUGUAAGGUCCUUCCCUUCUUUGUCAUUUCCUAUGACAUUUUACAUGAAAUGUUCCUUUGAUUUCUCUAAUCUUCUGCAACAGAUGUCUGUUUUUUACAAUUCUGUUGGCUUCUUCAGCUUCAGUGCAUUGCUCCUUUAAGUAAGUUUCCUUAUAUUUCCUUGCUAUCUUUUUGAACUUUGUGUUUAGUUGGAGGUCUUUGUACCGAUUUCCAUUUACUCCAUGGAAUGUCGGAGAUGAGCAGUGACCUUACAUAAGUGUUUUAUAUUUGAAGGACAGAGUAACUGAAUCAUACUUUUUUAUUUGUGUAAUUCAGGUCAUUGCCAGCAGGUGGGGCGUGCUUCCACCCGGACGUCAGACAAACAGACGAUAAUCAACCAACGUCAGUCAGAGUCAGAAUGGACACGGAUCUGAACUCCGCCAUCUACGCCUUGCUGUCAAAUUGUGAGGAUCACCAACUGUUCCGGUUGACGAGAUUCUACAUGGAGCGUCUGGAGCAGGCGAUUGAGGAGGGUGUGGAGGGAGUCAGCUUCAUGUUAAUGGGCGAGGAUCACUUCACCGGGCGAGAGUAUCACAGCGUGACUGAGCUCGCGGAGAAGGGAAACCGAGCGGGCGCUUCCAAACUCCUCCUGGAUCUGGUGAUGGAGAAGGGCUCCGGGGCCCGGAUGGUGAUGUGGGAAUCCUUUGUGAAACUACAUCACCACUUACCGAAGCUGAGUAGAAUAUUGAAUGAAAUACGGGAGCGAGGUGACGGCCAGUUCGCCUACAUGGACACUGAGCGGGGUUUGUCUGAAAUGCCCAAGCAUCUGGAAGAUGUUCGAAGAAAACACAUGGAGACUCUUCGGACACAGACUGAAAAACUGAGAGUGAACACGAUCCUGAUGAGGGAGAAGGUGAAGGUUUUCCAGCUGGUUGAUCGAUACGCUGAGCUCACGGUCAUUUCUACUGUUCGAGAUUGGAGACUGGUGGAACAUGAGCUGCUGGCAAGAGGCAGAGACCACGAGGAGUGGAGAGAAAAAGAUCUCCGUGGUAAGCUGGAAAAAAUCCGGACUGAUCAGUUAUUCAAGAAGAGCUUUGUUCAAAAAUUGGGAAGAUUUGUCCUUAGAAACAAAUCCGGGAUGUCUGCAGCAGUGGCCGGAGUCCCAGGGAUCGGGAAAACAACAAUGGUACAAAAGAUUGUUUAUGACUGGGCCACGGGGAAAAUAUACCAACAAUUCCAGUUUGUCUUUAGUUUCAAAUUCCGGGAUUUGAACUCCAUUAACUGCAGAAUAAACCUGAAAGAACUGAUUCUGGAUCAUUAUCCUUACUUUGGGAAUAUGCUGGGAGAGAUCUGGAAACAGACAGAGGAACUGUUAUUCGUAUUCGAUGGAUUGGAUGAAUUCAAUGACCAAAUUAAUUUUUCUGACAGUCGGAGAGACACAGAAACUCAGUACACAUGCACAGAUCCUGAAUCCAAGUGCAAGGUGUCUGACAUUUUGUACAGUUUAAUCCAGGGCAAGCUGCUCCCAGGGUGUUCAGUGCUGGUGACCACCCGUCCCACUGCGUUACAUUUAUUGGAAAAGGCAAAGAUCAGUGUCUGGGCUGAAAUCCUGGGAUUUGUUGGUGAGGAACGGAAGGAAUAUUUCAUCAGGUAUUUUGAAGAUCAGACGGUGGCGGAAGCUGUUUUCAAACACGUGAAGGAGAACGAGAUCCUGUACACCAUGAGCUACAACCCCUCCUACUGCUGGAUCCUCGCUCUGGCACUGGGCCCCUUCUUCACACAAAGAGUCAGGGACCCGCAGCGAGUUCCCAAGACCAUCACCCAGCUGUAUUCCUACUAUAUUUACAACAUCCUGAAAAACCACGGCCGUGAGAUUGAGAACCCCCGUGAUGUGUUACACAGGGUUGGUCAGAUGGCCUUCAGAGGAGUGUCCGAGAGGAAGAUUGUGUUUACAGACGGAGAUUUGAUCAGCUACAAUCUGCAGCCUUCCCAGUUCCUGUCCGGGUUCCUGAUGGAGCUUUUGGAGAGAGAGGAUUCUGCCCGGAGCGUGGUGUACACAUUCCCACACCUCACCAUCCAAGAGUUUGUAGCUGCAGUCGCACAAUUCCUGAAUCCACAUCCCGGGGAUAUCCUGAAAUUCCUCACUGGAGCCCACAACACGACAGAUGGGCGAUUUGAUGUAUUUCUCCGUUUUGUUGCUGGUCUCUCCUCCCCAAUGACAGCUCGGGGCCUGGAGGAGUUUCUGGGUCCAUUUCCUCAUCAAACAACCUGCCGGGUGAUUGACUGGGUGAAGGAGGAGGUUAAACGCCAGAGUGGAAACACGAGGAGUGAAGCUGGUAAAAAGAGCCUCCUGAACACAUUGCACUACCUGUUUGAGUCUCAGAAUUGUGGACUGGCUCAGGCCGCACUGGAAUCUGUGGGAACACUUUCAUUCAGUGGAAUGACACUGACCCCGGUUGACUGCGCGGUCCUGUCUCAUGUCAUCGGACUCUGUGAUACAAUAAAACAGCUCUACCUGCAGGACUGCCACAUUCAGUGUGAAGGAUUCCAGCGGCUGGGACCCGGGCUGCACAAGUGCCAGGUGUUGAGGCUGAACCAGGUCGGUCUCACAGAUUCUGGUGCCGAGGAUCUCGUCUCCGCUCUCAGUACAAACCCAUCACUGACGGAGCUGGACCUGAGUGUUAAUAAACUGGGUGAUACAGGGGUGAAACUGGUGUCUGAGGCUCUGAGGAACACGGAGUGUAAAAUACAGAAACUGUGGCUGGUCAAUGUCAGUCUCACAGAUUCUGGUGCCGAGUAUCUCUCCUCCACUCUCAGUACAAACCCAUCACUGACGUGGCUGGACCUGGGAUACAACUUUCUGACAGACCGAUCUGUCCCCGCUCUCCGCCGCUUCAUACUGACCCUCCCGAGUCUGAAGUGGAUCAGGCUGAUGGGGAAUCAGUUCAGUGAGACCGGGAUGAAGGAACUGAGAUCUCUGCAGGAACCCAGCCCCGGACUGAGAGUGGAUCUGUGAACAUCCGCGGGAUGCGGACAUUUGGCCGACUCCCCGCCCUCCCCUUUAACUCCCGCCGUUACCUUUAACGGCCACGCGCAGGGGCUGAUUCCCAACGGUUUUAACGGAACCGGCUAGGGUCUCGCGCUGUGUGACGCUCGGAGCGGUCCCGCAGUGACGUAUUUCCGCCUGUUGUCCGGCUGGUCAACUACCGCCGGAUGUGCGUGUUCGAGACUCCCACGGGACACCCCGGGGAAUUAUCCAGACAGGAAGAGCCCGGGGUCCGGGGCUCAGUCUGGGACACCGGUGUCACGGGGUGGGGGGGAUGAUCCCGGGAGAGAAUCCUUUUGCUCCCUUUGGUGAGGACGGUGCAUUCGGCAGCCUGGCCGAUAUAAUGAUGUUAAAUUGACAAAUCGCUCGGCAGUGACCCUGGAUCUGCAGCGAUCCCGGACACGGCCCUGAAGUGUGAUUUUAUAAUCAUCGGUUCCCCGAUGCAGAGUGACGGUGAGAAACGGGACUGAUUAUUUAAAUUGUCACUCGGUCAGUUAAUUGUGUGUGACUGUGAGUGAGUCGGGAGCAGCUUAUUUAUUCCCCCACGUCAGCAGCUCACACAUUGUUUAAUUUACAUUUGCCAUGAUGAAAUCAAUAAACCGUUGUAACUUCCUGUCGUGGU